AUGACGUCGACAGUCGGGCCGGCGACCGACGCGAUCGACGAUGGACGCGACGCCGACUGCAAGGCGGUCACGCGAGCUGACAACGUGCGGACCGGACCGAGCGUCAUCACCGAGGGCAGUUCGUGCAGGUUGCCUGCUCGCCGCUCGCCGCUCGGGGGCAACCAGUGCUGGCGAAACACUCUCGUUCGUUCGACCCGUCACUCUCCUUUCGUCCGCGCGAACCGACUGUCCAUGGCCGCAAACCGCCUCUCCACCGACAUUCCCUCCCACACCGCCGUCAGCGCCUCCGCCUCGGUCGGACUGGCGGCGAACGCGGCCUCCAGCCAGGCCGUCGUGCACAGCGGCUGGGUGCUCAAGAAGCGGAGGAAGAAGAUGCAAGGAUUCGCGCGCCGCUACUUCACGCUCUACCAGUCCGGCAUCCUUGCAUACUCCUUCGAGCCCGGGCAGCCCAUCCGCGACCACAUUGACCUCCACCAUGCUGCCAUCUCGAGUACACCGGGGCGGAAGGACAUCACCCUUGACUCCAACACCGCGACCUUCCACAUCAAAUGCCUUUGCACCGACGACUUCAACCAAUGGAUGCUUGCAUUCAGGAAGUUUAUCUCGGGUCCUGAAGCACGGCGAUCCAUGAGCGUUCGCAUGGCCAGUGCGCGUCAGGGAGUCGUCAACAUCUCCAAGUCCAGCGCAGUAGUAGAAGAAAUGGGCUCGACAAUUGCACAACUCGAGACCGCGCUGCAAACGCUAAGUUCGAAAGGGGAGACGGCUAUGCAAAAGAAUGCCAGCGUCAAGUCCAAUGGCAAGGAUAAACAUCACAAAGCAGGCGCGUUUGGCAUCUUCAAGUCGAAAUCCAACCACAACUUGCAACCGGGAGAACCAGACGCGCCUCGAACGAGCAUGGACCCCAGUAGCGGAGAAGCUCAGCAAGUAUUCUCCUUGCUCGAUACCCUCAAGAAUCAGCACGCGACGCUCUCAAAGCUCCUCACCGCCACCGUGAGUCUCGACACCACGCUCCCCAAGACGAGCGAGGAGGACGAGGACCAUCUCGUCGACUCUCCGCGCGAAACCGAGCACUGGGUCGUCCCCCACGGCCGCACAAAGCGUUUCUCCAGCUCCACGACCGCGAGCAGUAGCCUCGAGUGGUUCGACGCGGAGGACGAUGCGGACGGCGCGGAGGAAUUCGUUCUGGACACCCGGACGGCGGGCGAUGAGUCCCAGCCGAGCCAGAUCACGACAGAUAGCUCAAGUGUGGAGAAGGCGGAGGACGAGGAAACGGCGCGGAGCAGUAUGGAUACGGAUAUAGAGGACGAGCCGGCGCGCAAAUCCUCGGUAGAAGCACCCUUGGGGCAGCAGGCUGUUGUUCAUCGGACGCAGUUGCCAUCUCCGGUUGUGGGUGAUGAGGGCAGCUUGUUCUCCGUUCUGAAGAAGAGUGUUGGAAAGGAUCUUUCGACGAUUGCCCUUCCUGUUACCUUCAAUGAACCCCUUACGAUGCUACAACGCGCUUGCGAGGAGAUGGAAUACCAGAGCCUACUGGACGAAGCCGUGAAAGCUACCGAGGCCGCAGAUCGUCUUUCUUUUGUCGCCGCCUUCGCUGUAUCCGGCUAUGCCAACACUCGACACCGCUCCGGCAGGAAGGGCUUUAAUCCCAUGCUGGCCGAGACCUUUGAAGACGUCCGGAGCAAAUUCAUCGCGGAGAAAGUCCGACACCAGCCACUUGAGAUGGCAUUCCACGCAGAGGGCUCGGGAUGGGAGCUGUAUGGCUUGAACGCCGGAAAGACCAAGUUCUGGGGGAAAAGCAUGGAAAUCAUCCCGACUGGAAGUACGCAUCUGAAGAUCGGCGAGGACCACUUUGAAUGGAAGAAGCCGUCCUCCUUCAUGCGCAAUCUCGUCGUGGGUACGAAGUACCUCGAGCACGUCGGCGAUCUGGUGAUCGAGAACCACCGCGACGGGAGCAAGUGCGUGCUCGAGUUCAAGCAGGCGGGCUACUGGGGCGGCGGGAACGUGGUCGCGGGCACGGUGUACUCCCCGCAGGGCAAGGUACUGUGCAAGCUCGAGGGGAAGUGGGACGACCAGCUCGCGCAGACGACGGACGAGAGCCAUUUCCGCGUGCUCUGGCGCAUCACGCCGCACCCGAAGAACACGCACGAGUACUAUGGCUUCACGGCGUUCGCGAUGACGCUGAACGAGAUUACGGACGAUAUACGCCCGGCGCUGCCGCCGACGGACUCGCGCUUUAGGCCGGACGUGCGCGCGCUGGAGGAGGGGAGGCUCGACGAUGCUGAGGCGGAGAAGCUGCGCGUGGAGGAGGCGCAGCGCGAGCGGCGGCGGCGCGGCGAGGAUCGUGAGCCCCGGUGGUUCAAGCAGGACGCUCACGGCGAGUGGAUCUACACGGGCGAGUACUGGCCACUGCGUGCGCGGGGAUGGAAGGGCGCACACAUCGAACCCUUGUGGUGAAGGGCGCUGGUUUACGGGUAUUUAUUGAUUCAGACACUCCUCACAUCUGGUACAAACCGCACACACUAUGACACGCUAAUGUGUAUUAUAGAAGGAUAAUAUAGACCGCCCGACGCGCUGGGCCCGUGACCGCGUACGGUCGCGGUCAGCUGACGGCUAUUGUGUUUGCCC